UAAUCCUGUAUGUAAAUCGCAGCCAAUAGAUGCUGUUGUUGAGUUGGGCUGGGAUUAGCAGGAGGCGAAUGAGUUUCAAUUUUACUGGAUUACAGAACAAAGAAAGGGGAAAGGGACACCCUGCUCUGUUCAGGGAAAAACAGAAAUAAACUUAGAUUAAAUACACUAAUAAGAGAGUGUGAGUCAGGCCGUCGAAGUCCACAGUGAGAUGAUCCGGAUUACGAUGUUUUAGCAGACGCUGCGGCGACAUUGUGGAUGUGAAUUGAGAGCGUUUCUGAUGGAUUAAAACGGGGAAUAAACCUAUUCCGGGAUUGACAGCAGCAACAAGGCUAUUUAAUCGCUAAUUACGAGGCAUGGCUCAGAUGAGGAAGCUGGCAUGUGAUGGCAUCAGGACCAACUCCCGUGGCGAGCCGCAAGUCCCGCUGGUGUCGGCCAGACAGGAAAUCCUCACCAGCCUGGUGUCUGCGCUGGACUCAGUGUGCAUGGCGAUGUCCAAGCUGAACGCUGAGGUGGCGUGCGUCACCAUACACGAGGACAGCGUGAUCGCCGUCGGCACAGAAAAGGGCCGAGUGUUCCUCAACUCCAGGAGGGAAAUCCAGACAGACUUCUACAAGUUCUGCCGGGCGCCAUGUCUGCAAAACGUGACCACAGCGAAUGCCCAUACCAAAGACCAGGAAGGCGAUCUCAGCAAACUGAGUAAGGACGGCGAGCACAGCAAGCCGAGAGCUCCAUCAGACGCUCAGUCCAACAUCUUCGUCCUGAGGAAGAUGGUGGAGGAAGUCUUCACUGUGCUUUACAGUGAGGCUGUGGGGAAGAGCAGCCUGGUCCCUGUGCCUUAUGAGUGGAUCCAGAAGGACCCCAGCUGUGUGGUGGCCCACGGUUUGCCCGAGGGAGUCACCCUGAAGAAGCCCUCUGAGUACGACACCAAGACGCUGAUGAAGAUCCUGGAGCAGAGCCACCGCAUCCAGUUCACAGUGAAGAGGCCAGCAGAGGAUUUGUCUCGAGAAUCUAAGACCAGCACUGAUGUCAAUCACAACUCUUCCGUCGUCAUGACACCGAGCAGCCACGGUCCAGGGAAGCCUGCAGCAGCCCAGGCCGUCACGUCAUCUAGUCCCGCCUCUUCCAGCAACUCUGUCCUGUCCAGCUUCCUGUACGGGAUGCCCAUGUCCUCCAAACCUCACCCGGACGGGAAGCUCGACUUCAAGCCCAUGUCCCUCCUCAACCUGGGCAAAGACAGAGGGUCCACCUGGACGCCAGGGACGGACAAGAGCACGUCUGUCAAGGACUGCACCAACAAUGACGAGACAACGAGACCACCUGGCGAUCAGGGUCAGAGCCCUCCUGGCAUCCACAUCUCCAAGAGGCUGCUGUUCUCCAUCGUGCACGAAAAGUCAGAAAAAUGGGAUUCUUUCAUCCGUGAGACUGAGGACAUCAACACUCUGAGAGAGUGCGUUCAGAUCUUGUUCAACAGCAGAUACGCUGAGGCCCUGGGUCUUGAUCACAUGGUGCCUGUACCCUACCGCAAAAUCGCCUGCGACCCCGGAGCUGUAGAGAUCAUCGGCAUCCCCGACCAGAUCCCCUUCAAGAGACCCUGCACCUACGGAGUCCCCAAACUCAAACGCAUCCUGGACGAACGCCAUGGAAUCCGCUUCAUCGUGAAGCGAAUGUUUGACGAGAGGAUUUUCACCGCUGCUGGCAAGAUUGCGAGAGAGGAGGGGAAGCACGACCUGGGCUCCACGCCUGAAGACAGCUUCCCCGACAAUCUGAGCCUCCCGCCCAGCGCCGCCGAGCUGGUCAGCAAUCCUCACAGCAGCAGAUCGACCAGUGCGUGUGUGAGUCCUCUGGCUGACUGUGAAGCAGGUCCUUCAGGAGAUUGUAUUCCUCUGAAAAGGAUUAAAACGGAGCCUCCAGACGGGGAGAUCAUUCAAGUGACGGUGCCGGACGCUGGUUCUGGUGUGGAGGAGCCCAGUGAGCCUGUGGUCGAGCCGGUGGCAGCCGCAGUGUGUCCAGCCACAGCUUCACCCUCUGCUCCUUCUGCUCCUUCUGCUCCUUCUGCUCCCCAUCACCCGCUGGAGAACCUCGCAGCUGAAGCUCUGUCACCCAGCGCCGCCUCACAGAGCAUCAGAAGAUCCUCUGAAGCAGGGAGUUUGGUCGAGGACAUUGGUGAAAUGAUUCUUCAGCUGCGGAGACAAGUGGAGAGCCUCUUCACCAUUAAGUACGCCGAAGCUCUGGGUCUUCCAGAACCGGCAAAGGUUCCUUACUCCAAGUUCCAGAUGUACCCGGAGGACCUGUACGUCACCGGGCUGCCCGAGGGAAUCUCUCUCCGGAGGCCCAACUGCUUCGGAGCGGCUAAACUGAGAAAGAUUCUGUCUGCCAGCAGUCAGAUCCAGUUCGUCAUCAAGAGGCCCGAGCUGUUAACUGAUCAAGUAAAACAAGAGAUGCCUUCGAUCCCCGUCUGUGAUCCAGAGCUGGACGCCAAGGACGCAGCGCCAGUCACAGAGGACACUGCAGCGAUAUCCAAGAGACCUGGAUUCUCAGAGUGCCUGGAGUCCAAACUGUCCAGGAUCGACCUGGCCAACACGCUGCGGGAGCAGGUCCAGGAUCUGUUCAACAGGAAGUACGGGGAGGCAUUGGGCAUCAAGUACCCGGUCCAAGUGCCUUACAAGAGGAUCAAGAACAACCCCGACUCGGUCAUCAUCGAGGGCCUUCCCCCCGGCAUCCCCUUCAGGAAGCCCUGCACCUUCGGCUCCCAGAACCUGGAGAGGAUCCUGGCCGUCGCCGACAAAAUCAGUUUCACCAUCACCAGACCUUUUCAAGGACUAAUUCCAAAACCAGCACCUCGACGUGUCACUUUACUAAAGAAGGCCUACGCUUCCAUCAGUGACGAGGACGACAUCAACCGCAUGGGGGAGAAGGUGGUCCUCCGAGAGCAGGUCAAGGAACUGUUCAACAAGAAAUACGGCGAGGCUCUGGGAUUGGACCGCUCCGCCGUCGUCCCCUACAAGCUGAUCCGAGGCAGUCCAGAGUCCAUCGAGGUUAGUGGCCUUCCAGACGAGAUCCCCUUCAGGAACCCAAACUCCUACGACAUCGUGUGCCUGGAGAAGAUCCUGCAAGCUGCCGACGAAGUAACAUUCAGCAUCAAGAGCCAGCUCCAACCUUUUGCCGAAAUCUGUAGCCAAGCGUGUAACACAGGAACAAACGCCUCCACCAAUCGACGAAAGCGCAAGAGAGUCCAGGAGAGCAACCGAGUCCCCGCCUCCUCGGACCUGGGCAUAUCAACCAAUCAGAUUCCAGUGAUGCAGUGGCCCAUGUACAUGGUGGACUACAGCGGAGUGAAUGUGCAGGUUCCCGGGAAAGUCAAUUACUGAAGGACGACGCUGGACUGCAGCAAAGGGACGACGGAGGAGUUUGUCACAGAGAUUUUCGUGACUCUUCCACACGCGACACUAACACUUGGUCAGAGUGCCACGACUGAACAGACUGACAACAGAGAGCUGAAGGUGUGAAUGACGUCCUGAGUGUUGAGAACAACAGAAUGUAUGAGGAUCAGAUGGUCGCAGGGCAGAAGCUCGUUGUCUGUCUGCUGCCUCCACGCCACGCCGGCAGGACAGCUGUCACUUUUUGUUCCCGUCAUGACAGAAAUAUUGUUUUUCUACGCAGCUGAAGACUUUCUGCAGCCGUGUUUCUGCCCCGUGUCCAUCCACAGAGUCACGCUGUCGGGUUCAGCAAUGUAUUACUGACAAAAACAAUGUCUUUGAUAACCACCUGGUUCCAUAAUAUUCAGAUAUUUGUACUUUUUAUUUAUUAUAUUUAUUGAAAUAUAACAUUAUGUGCAGGGAUGUAAAAUACAUUAUUCUGUUAUACGGCUCCUCCGGGAUCCAUCACAACACUAACACAGAUGCUACUAGUCACUCAGUAACCACAGGUAACCGCUGAGCUCACGUUAAUCAGCAGCGAUGAAGUGUCUUAAUUGGGUGUCGUCGUGGCGACGAGAAGCCAUCAGAAAUUAAAAUGGACUGUAAGUUUCCCUGACAGGUGAAGGCUAUGCUCACCUGUCAGGACACACAAGACCUUCAGCAAACAGCCUCUUUGUGUCUCAUUAACAUGUAAGAUAUCAUUACGAGUCGGCCUGAAUGUAUCACGUAAAGGAAAGAAUGGUAUGUUAUUCUGCGAUGACUGUCUGGACUAACCAUAUUUAAUAUGCUGUACCUUAACGCCAAUUAGGCCUUUGAAAUAAAAUGUGUUGCCUUGCACUUUCA